AUGCCGCACGCAGCGACAGCGGCGGCGGCGGCUGGCAAAGACGAGAGCGUUGCAGGAGCACCGGCCGGCGCGAGCUGCCGGUGCGGCAGUGCGGGCAGCAGCAGCGCCGCGGGGGCCGCGCGACCCUCGCGGCGCGCGUUGCACCGGAAGGCCGUGAAGAAGUUUAAUGAACGGCGGAAGAAAGAAGCGCAAAAACGUCUGGCGGAGGCGCGCGACGGGGCGCUGCUGAGCCCCUGCGAGGCGAGCCAGGCCCACGCCGGCAGUCGUGGAAGAAGUCCCACCUGCAACCACGACGGGCGUGUGGAGGUGCUGCCCACCGCAGCACUGACUCGUGCGGGCCCCCUGGCAAAGCCGGCGCUGGCACAUAAGUGGGAGUUUGACUUUUUCUUCCGAACGAUGCCCUCGGAGUUGCUGCAGACGCGUGCGGAAUCGAUGGAACGGGACGCCGCCUUGUCUCCGCCGUUCUCCUCCUCCUCGGCGUCGCUCUACAGGGCGGAGGAGCAGUCGCUUGUUGUGUUGAAGGAGGACGAGCAGCGCAGUCCGGGCGGGUCGAUGCCGCUGAAGGCCCUCAUGCAGAGCAGCAUCACAAAGAGCAUUCAUGUGCGGCGGGUGGAGGGGGUCCCGCCGCUUCCCAUGACGCGGCCCAUGCAGGCUGGCACCGACCUGGAUCAGCCCACCUGGAACUACCUGCUGCCGGACACAACGUACAACGUUCACCAGCACGCCCCUGGCUUUGAGCGCGACGAGAACGCGGCGAAGAGGUCGCUGCUGUCCUGCGCCGUGCAGGAAUGGCGCGGUGGCGAGGAGAACGUUCUCCUGCUCUCCACAGGGGAGGCGCUGCGGAGUGUGUUUGAGUCCGCCUACUGCCAUGAAAAGUCACUCGCGUUAGAAGUGAGGCGGAUGGGGCCCACUUUGUUGAUUGACUCGCACAGCGCAAGGGAUUUUCGCACCAGGGUGCGUGACAUGCGUGAGAAGGCACUUCUGGGUAAAGCGCUCUACCGCAUCCACAAAGACGUCUUCUCUUCGACGGAAACAAAGGGCGGCAACUACAGUGGGGCGGGCGGUGGGGUUGUGGCGCUGCCGACGCACCGCGUCGGGUCACUCGCGCUGUCAAAGGAGUUACGAACGCUGAGUCGCUACUCCCACAUACUCUCGUGGGAGAUUGGGCGAAUGGAUGUGCUGGUGGGCAUUGACACCCCCAUUUUGCUCGACCGCAGCGACAACACGGAGUCCGUGCUGAAGUUGGAGGACGCCUCUGUUGUGAUGACGCCGCAGGAGAUCCAGCGCGAUGCGCUGCGCUGCUGGUUUGACGCGACGCUGGCAAAUGUGCCGCAGGUCGGCAUCUACGUCCACAACGACGGCAUUAUUCAGCGCUACGAGGUGCGCAAGGUGCAGGAGUUGCUUGGAAUCGUGGAGGGAAGCAUGGCGACGGCGGCCAUGAACUUCACGAUGAAUGUGCUGCAGUGGCUGGUGAAGCAGUGCGGGAAGGACGGCAUGACGUACGCGGUCAUACGCAACUACGAGUCGGGGCUGCUGGAGAUCUACGAGUACUCCCGAGACGAGCGUCUCGAGAAGUUUCUCCCGGAGGAUGCCGCGGGAGCCACAGACCCUAAAAACAACGCCGGUUCCCCCAGCGGCGGCAGUCGCAACGAAAAAGAGGAAGAGGAAGCCGGGGUUGGGGCGAACAGCAAGGCGGAAGCAACGGAGGAGGCGCGGCACGCCGAAGAGAACGAGCGGCUGAACUGGGGGCUGGCGACGAUGUGCUUUCGAAUGGGCAUGCAUCUCAAGGACUCGGAGGCGAAGGCGCCGGAUGCACUGUCGCUUCUGCUGCGCAGCUUUGCCGUGUUUUUCAUGCAGCGCGCGAAGAUGGAUGAGGCGUGCACCCACGUGUGCGAGAUCGUCAAGUGCCUCCCUGCGCUCGUCGGCCGCCUGAUCAGCAAUCGCAAGGCGGCACUUGAGGAGGAGGGCGGCAUCAUCCAGCUGCCGGAGCUCUACCGAGAAGCCUUGCUGACUUGUGGCCGCUUUGAGGUGCGUCUUGAGGAGGCCGCGUACGACGUGGCGCUCAGCGCCGCCACACGCCGGGCCUUCUUGCGGUGUCUUCUGCCGUGCAGUGCCGCGGUGUGCGUGUGUGUUGCACGCGCGAUGGAGCAGUUUGCCGUGGAGCGACGCGUGUACAUGCGGCUGCGGGCUGAGAAUAAUCGCGGCAGCAACGUGCACAUCCACAGCCUCAUUGCGAAGGAUCUCCUGCAGGUCGUCGUGGAGGGCCUCGUGCGGCUGGAGCAGAUGAGCCGGGUGCUGAACAGCGACGCCGCCCUGACGCAGGGCCCGCCGCCGGCCGACAACGUGGAGCCGCUGGCGCUGGUGGAUACGCGCACGGAGGCAAUCAACGUGGCCCCGCUUGAGGCCACCGUGUGGGAGCUCUACACGGACGUUGUGCUGCUUGUCAUGGGCGACCGCACCCCGUUCACGGCGGAGGUGCUGCUGGAACUCAGCCGCCGUGUCAAGUCUCGCGAGGAGGCACGUCUUCGUCGCAGCCGCAGUGGCAACAGCGCGCGCACGCAGAGCAACGACAACAACAACAGCGACGGCGGCAGCGGCAACGGCAACGGCAACGGCAACGGCACGGAGGCGCCCAUCGCAGGGGCGUCGACGCUUGCGUGGCUCUCGGCGAUCACGCCGGACGUGGUCUCGCUCUCCUUCACCGCACUGCGCUUCCUCACGAAGGUGGGCCUCCAGUCCAAGCGGCUGCUGCUAAAGACGGGGCAGGUGUACUACCAUGUGGGUCGCCACUACUUCCUCACAGACCGCUACACCAAGGCGCUCGAGUCGCUGCACCGGACGCAGUCGCUCUUCCACGCGAUGCAGCAGGCCCCAGCCGGCGCCGUCUUUGGCGACUGCUGCACCUCCUCCGCAACUGUCACGCUCCGCGACGUCCAGCAGGCGCUGGGCGAGGUGUACGUUCGCAUGGCACGCCUUAAGUCCCGCCUGGCGCCGGCCGAGAUGAAGCUGAGUUUGCAGCAGCCGCUGCUGAUGGGGGAGGUGCGGGCGUUGUCGCAGGAGGAGGAGAAAUUUUUCCGUCACGCGGUGGACGCCUUCACGAACUGCGAGGCGAAGGAGCAGCUGGCGUCCGUCCUGAGAACGUACGCGGCGCGACAGAUCAGCCAAAUCGCCUUUAGUGGCCAGCAGGCAGACGCGGCAAAGGGGAGGCACAUCUUUUCCAUGCUGCGGAAGGCCGGGGAGCUAACUUGCAACAGCGACGAACUCGACUGGGAGGUGCUGCGGCUAUUUACCUGCGCGGCACAUCACGCGGCGCUGCGGCACCGGGCGGAGCAGAUCGUGUCGCACUGGACAACGCGCCUUGGGGCGGCCGAGGGUGGGUCUGCGCACGUGCCGCUGAAGCUCAUGGGCAGCGUGCACCCGGUGGAGAGUGCGCUGCAGCUGGCCCUCGUCUCUCUCUCCCAGCUGGAGGCAAGGAAGACGGCGAACACGCACCAAGCAAUGCGGCUUGUGCGUGGGUGUGCCGCCCAUCUGGUAAUUGCAAUUCACGACGCCCAUGUGGCGGGCAAGUCGCCCGGCGCGCCGCUGCUUCGUGCCAUGUCCACCUGGAAGGCGCGCUGCACCCACGAGUGGGUGUGCCGCGUUGCAAUGAUGAUGAGCCUUCGCGCCAUGCGGGCAGUGCUGCGGCUGCUUCCAGGCGAGAAGGCGUCGGAGGCGAAGCAGCUGCUUCGACGGCUAGUAGACAUGGAGGAGGGCGAGCGCGAGAUGCAGACAAAGUCGGAGGUGUGCGCGGGUAAAUGCCAGUUUUGGCGCUUCUCCGAGACCCUUGUUGAGGCCUUGGAGGGUGUCGCGAAAUGGUGA